AUGAAGACAAUCAGCAUUAUCGCUUUCUCCGUGAUGAGCCUGGCAGGCUUCUGGCAAAGCAGCCUAGCAGCUGCUGUGGCUGGCGACAUUGUUUCCAUCAUCACAGAUCCGUACUUGCAAAUAAAUCCAUCUGACGGUAGUCGCUCUGAAGGAGCCAUUUCUGCGGCAGCUAUGCCUUUAAAUCAAAAAUUUUAUUUGGGCACUGAAAAGCUAUCUUGGUAUGAAGCCAACUAUUAUUGUGGUCUAGGUAAUUUGAGACUUGUGCAAUUGACGAACCCAAGCGUGGAGGCUGAAUUGAAGGGUUUUCUAAGUUACUACGGAUUGCAAGGCAAGCAUUACUGGACCGGUGGCAAUCGUUUUAAUACGCAACACAAUUGGAAUUGGAGCCUGAAUGGCUACAGUAUCAGUUACACCCACUGGGCAGCACAACAACCCGGUAAUUAUACGACCCAAAAGGAUUGCUUGAAAUUGUGGGGGAAGACCAGCGAAUGGCUAAGUGAGGAUUGUGAUAUCCCAUACGAUUUUAUUUGUCAGAAAUAAUAAAACUUU